GGGCAGGGCAGGGCCACUGCACCGUGAGGCCCUUCGGUACUUAAUACGUAGGUAGAUACAGUGUAAAAUGCAGAUGCACGGCCACAUUGCCCCGACCCAAUGCCCGGGAAGCAGAAAGUGCCGAUACCACACAGUGCGUCAUGAUUCCCCUGCAGAUUAAGCUACACAGGGUGGGGCCUGGGCCUCCUCCCAGCUUGAUUCAGUGGGACAGAUGCAGCGAGCCGCACAGUGUUUACUACCGUCUGGCCUGCCUCUCACCUAAGGACAACCAGAGAGCACUGCAGCCUGCCACCAAUAUCCGUCUGGUGUGCCCUGCCGUUUCCAAUGCAAGUGGAUGCUCAGGGGUCAGCACUCAACAACAAGGCAUUUACACAAACAUCUCAUCGCGACGCCGCGUCUUGCGGUCCAAGUCACGUCGACGACCAUCUUGUCUCGCCGACGUCUUUUUCGACCACACACCACACCUUACAGUCAACAGCCGCUUCCCCAUCACCGAAACCUUGGGCGUCCGUCGGACAUCACAAGACCUGCGCUGUCGGUGUCACUUGUCGGCGUGUCAGUCAGUCUGCUAGACAGCCAAGGAAGUGCACCAUCUGUGCAGGUUGCGCGCUGUCCACCCCCCUCCCCCCCGGAAUAUCAACUGCGUCCGACACACAGUGACACCUCCUUUGAAACAGCUAGAGACAAUCUAGCGCCCGAACACGGCUUGUUUUCUCUGACAGGGGUGAGAUCAGACGCACGACGCUAUUGGACAUCUUGGUUGCUUCGACGGGCCGUGUGCUUUGGGAAGACUUGGAGGAUUCUCUAUUGCCGUUGCUUAAACUGUUUCGUUUCUUCCAGGGGAUCCUCUAAAGGUCGCGUGUGCCUCCUGGUCCGGAUUGCAACCGUGUCGCGCUACAUAAAAAAACAUUAGCCAACCAUCAAUGUCUGACCUUGGGAACCGGCACUUGACGCACUAUGGACGGAGCACCUCGACCUAUCGGCGAUAGGUAUGCCCUAAGCCUGGAACAGAGCUUGCAAGAACU